AAGAAACAAAAACCGUCUGAAUUUGAUCCCACUUUAACUUGUUUGAUGAGUUUAUAAACCAGAAGAAGUUAAAAACGAAAGUGUUUUCGGGUUGGUGGGGGAAGGGACGGAGGUGGAGUGGCGCACCCAAAGCGUUUGUUUGCAUCAGAGCGAAAUGAGUGAGAAUGAGGAAGAGACAAGCUGAGCAGAGGGACCCGCUACUAACGUGUUCCGUCUUGUCAAGGUGAAACAAAUCAUGUUUUAAAGGUGGUUUCUAACAGUUGCGUGGACUCUUUUGCAAACAGUCGCUGGCAGUAUGUCCAAUCACAGAGGAAGCAUUGCUGGAACCUUUAUCUGCUUGAUAGUACUGGCAUCAGGCUUCAUUUUUAUGUAUACCAGUGAUUUAAGAGCCAUUAUCUUUUUCAAAAAACUGCAUGUGCCAACGGAAUCAACACCAACAGCCAUAAUUGAUUUGGAUGGCAAACUUAACUUCAGGGCUAGACCACAUGUUCAGACUCAGACUUCCUGGAACGCACCUGUUAUGUGGGAACUGAUGUUUGAUAAUAAUCUUUAUGACAGAAAGCACAAAGAAGCCAAAACAUCUGUGGCCCUCACAGUUUUUGCUGUUGGAAGGUAUCUGGAUGCCUAUCUCGAAAGAUUCCUGACGUCAGCAGAAGAACAUUUCAUGCUGGGAUUACCUGUGACAUACUUCGUAUUUACGGAUUUACCAGAGAAGGUGUCCAGAAUUACCCUUGCUCCUCAACGAAACAUCAAGAUUGUCCAGGUAGAAAAGCACAGCAGGUGGCAAGACAUCUCUAUGAUGCGAAUGAAGACAAUAUCAGAAGUAAUCAGCACAGUUAUCCAGCACAACUUCACUCAUGUCUUCUGCUUUGAUGUGGAUCAGAUAUUUGAAGGCAGAUUUGGCUCUGAGGCUCUUGGGGAGUCAGUAGCUCUGCUGCAUGCUCACUAUUAUAAACUCCCCAAGAGCAGGUUCACAUAUGAUAGAAAUCCAAAAUCCAAAGCUUGCAUGACUGAAGGAGAUUACUACUACCAUGCUGCAAUUUUUGGAGGAACAUGUGAAAGAGUAAAGGCCUUGGCAGAUUACUGUUAUGUCAGCAUCAUGGAAGACAAACUGCAAAAUGUAGAGGCUUUGUGGCACGAUGAGAGUCACUUGAACAAGUACUUUUGGCUCAACAAACCCACCAAGUUGCUCUCUCCUGAGUACUGCUGGGAUAAUAGUAUUGCCAAUGCAGAAGACAUACUCAUCAAACGCCUAGUAUGGGCCCCAAAAGAUUAUGAGAGGCUUCGUACUCGGUAACAUGCACAAAAUAUAAAAAGAAAAAAAGUGUGAUGCAAUAUUGUAAAGAAAAUGUUUGCAAAGCUUGAUUUUGGGUUAUGUAAAGAAUCUGCAACUUCAAAGCUUCAACUCUCAUGGCAAGCUGGUAAAACUUCUUUGGAAACUUAAGGUUUUAGGUGAAGGUCCCUGAUAUUCUAAAGAAAACCUUUUUUCUUGUUAUUCUUGUAAGGGUCAGGUGAAAGCAAUCCUUUGUUUACAUUUAUUUACAUUGAUAAAUUUAAGUUUAUUUAGUAAUAAAACAGAGUUUAUUACUACUUCAUUCUAAAUGAAGAACAAAUGUUCCAAAUAAAUGUUUUAUGAGCAAGUUUGACUGAAGACAUGAUUUUUUUUAUUUUUUAUUUUAUAUAUACACUGGCCCCACCUACAGGAUUUUAGCAAAAUGUUAUGUAGUAAUUAAACUUUAAUAGAUACUUUGAUUUGUUUUAGGUGAAGAGAAUUUACAUUUAUAAGCAACAAAUUCCUAGUGUAAAAAAGAGUUUAAAAACUGGUGAUUGAUCUAUUUUGAGGUCAAUCAAAAUAAAUCAAUCUCCUUCUGAGUGCACGUGCAGAAAACUCUUUUUCGGAGUUACCACAUGAUGGCGCUAAAGUGUUUGAAGUCCUUUUUUUAUUUGACUAUUCAUGUCGUGAACAAAAAUAGGAUGUUUUACUACCUGUUACCUUUGAGCAGCCAAGCAUGUAUUGCCGUUGACCCCCGUUUCAUUCAAUUGGACGUGAGGUCUGCAGGCCUGGAUCCAUUUCUUGCAUUAUUCCAGACUCUGGGUCACAGAUGGUGUGCAGUUUGAAACCUCCACAUUUGAGAAGCUAUUUACACAUACAGUAUCUGUUGAGCUACGCAUUUAUUCAUUGUGUUAUACCUGUGUGUGUCAAUUAUGUUGUGCGUCUGCAAAUCUUCUUGUACGCAUACAAAUCUUAUUUCAUCUUUUUCAGGGAGGCCAAAAAAGCCCUAUAUCAAAGAAAUAAAAUCAACCUUCCAAGUGCACUUUUCUCAAUUUCCACAUGAUGGCAGCAGAGUAUUUAAAACAAGCCCUCAAAUUUCACCAAGUUAUUCAUACCACACAUGUCAAGAGCUAUAAAAACAUAUUGUUUCUUAAUUAAUGUAACUGAAGAAUGAAAGGUAUCUCAACAAUCAUACUUUAAUAUGUCAUAUCAGAUACACUGUGCAGAAUGACACAUAGCCAACUUCCACACUAACUUAAUAUUUCCUUUUUUUCCGCCAUUAACUCCUUCUAUCUGGUAGCUGCCAUAUUCAUGAGAACAUUUUGUUUUUGAGGAUUGUUUGUCACUUCAGAAGUUUAUUUACCUUAACAUUACUAUCACGGCAAAUCCAGAACAUUAGUAAAGGCCAUAUGAACUUUUGAUAGGUUCACAAUGUUUUAGUUAAAUGGAGGCAAACAUGUGGAUGUACUUUCGGGCAUCUCAUCAAACACACGGUUUAUUGUUUGACAUCAUGGAAACAAAGAUAAUAAAUUUGAUUAAAUAUUAUUAAAGGAAUUGAGUAGAUCUGUCAGUUUGAUUCAUCCUUUAGUACAAUUUCCAGAUGCCAUGUUAAAUUGUCCAAACCAGAAUAAGCAAGUAUAAACAAAAUCACAACAGUCAAGAGGAGAUGGGUUCUGGAUGCUAUGGAUACAUGUGUUUUGGUGAGAAGUUCACUUAUCAACCACAUGACAAAGUCAAAAGGCCAUGUGGAGCUGUUGACUGAAUUUAGUGAGAAGUGUCAUCUAUAGUGAAAUGAGUCAGAUUCCAACAUGGAUUGAGAAAUCAUUCAAAGAAGAAAAAGACAUUAUUUCAACAGGAUCAGAGUCAAUUACCUUAACUUUUGGAAAUAAGUGUUUGAUCCUUAUGACCAUGGUUACAUGGUCAUCAUGUUUCCUUCUAUUUGAAGGGAAAAAAUGGAGAGCUUGCAAACCUGUGAAGUGCAAAGGUGAAAAGGUGGAGUGUCUGUUUUACUGCAACAGGAACUGUACACUGAACAAGUUAGAUAGAACAAUACGAAGGAAAUUAUGUGGAAAUAUUGUAGCAACAUCUGAAUACAGCCUGGGAGUUAAAAUUGUCUUUCUGGAAAAUAGAUGAUCUCUUGCAGAUGGAAACAGACAGUCCUCCAGGAUUCCCCAAUAUUUUGCUGCAUUCAUUUUACCUUCUACCUAUUCAAGCUUAAAACUCCUAAACCCUCAGCUUCUGAAAAUACGAUGGAAAAUGGGCACACCGGCCUUCCGCUGCAGGUUAAGGGGUUUUAAACUUACCAAUAUUUUUCAAUAGAAUUUUAUCUGAUUUAUUUAAAGUAUCUUUUGCCUUCAUGCUGUAAUGACAGCCAGGAACACUGAUAAAUUAGUGAAUGAACCUUCCAGACACAGGUGACUUUACACUACAAUGACUUGAGAUUUGAGACACUGCUGCACUCAUUCAACUCAUUGUGAGACUAGUACCAAUUAGUUAGACAUCUAAUCCAAUUGAAUUAAGCCAAUCAUUUUAAAAGUGGUGAAUAUUAAUGACUUUUUAAGGUUUUAUGUUUUUAUUUAAUUAUUGUUUUGUAGAAAUCAGUUUUCAUUUCCAUGUAAAGGAGCAAUUUGUUUGUCAGACAAGCCAAAUGUUGAGUAUGAUUGAUUUGUAAAAGCAAUAAAAAAGAUAAAACAUCCAA